UCGACUCUGUUCGGGCGCGUCCGCCGCGCUUCGGGCGCCGCGCCGAUGAAUGCCGAAGCGCCUCGCAAAUUCUCGAGAGGGAUUUUUUUUCGCGACGCGAAUCGCAGAGAGGGUAGCCGCGUGCCACGCGAAGAAAUAAUCCGGCGGCGUGGGUAAUUUUUUGCGGCCGUCAAGGGUUCGGCGAAUCCAGCGCCCAUGGACUCGGACGGAGAUGGCGAUGGCGGCGUCAUGGCGGACGAGCACGCGCAUGCGCACUCGACGCAUUUCCCAGAGGGCUCAGUGAGCGUGGCCAGUGUCGCGAUGCCUUCGGACCACGUCUUCACUUCGGCCGUGUCGGCGGUGUCUGACCACAUCCUGAACGGCCGCACCACCCUGCAGCUCGGAGACUCGCUGCCCCAGCAGAAGACGAGGCUGAUAGUGGUGCACGCGGACGGCACCCUGGUGGAGACCACGAGCCUCAAGCCGCCCACCUCCGCCCUCGUCUCGGGCUCCCAGCCCACCUCGGCCCCGCUGUCCCCCGAGCCCGAGAAGGAUGGCACCAAGUACAGCUGGGACACGUCGGCCUACGAGAACGAGCUGCCCGUGCGCUGCCGUAACACCAGCGGCGUGCUUUACAAGAACCGCCUAGGCUCCGGCGGGCGAGGGAAAUGCAUCAAGCACGGCACCAUGUGGUACACUCCCAGCGAGUUUGAGGCCAUGUCUGGUCGCGCCAGCAGCAAGGACUGGAAGCGCAGCAUCCGCUACGCCGGGCGUCCCCUACAAUGCCUCAUCCAGGAUGGGCUGCUCACCCCUCACGCUGCCUCCUGCACUUGUGCCUCCUGCUGCGAUGACAUGUCCCUGGUGCAGUCGGGCCCUGUGCGGCUCUUCGUGCCGUACAAGCGCCGAAAGAAGGACAUGGAGCUCUCCCACCACAAAAAGGACGGCUCCAAGAACAUCACCCUCUUCCCCGCCACCCCCACCUACGGCGUGGCGUCGACGGGCGUGCUCGACGGCUCUCCCCCCGAGCUGCUGCCCUUCGAGCGCGCUGGCGGCGGCGUCGGGGAUCACCUCGCCGCGGGCCCCGCGCUCCUCGCCGACCCCGCCGGCCCCGCCGCGGACGUGUACGGCACCUCGGCCGCGCUGUCUCCUCUCCCUCCGCUGAACGUGACGUCACCGCACGCCGGGAAGCCCGUGUCUCCGACGCCGCAGCUGCUGGGCCUCGAGUGUCCGCACUCCGAGCUCACGUCUCACGUGGAGCACCACCAGCAGCAGCAGCAGCAGCAGCAGGAUGAGCAGCAGCAGGAGGAGGAGGAUCACCUGGAUCAGCAGCAGCAGCAGCAGCAGAACCAGCACCUGUUGCAGCAGCAGCAGAGGCAGUGGCAGUACCUGGAGGAGAUGGUCAGCUCGCUCAUCAGCACAGCGCAGCAGCUCAAGGCCGCCUUGGAGCAGGCGAAACAGGAGGCCGCGAUGGCCCAGGCGAGGCUGCAGGCUGAAGCGGAGAGGGCUGAGCAGGUGCUGAACCCGUACCACGCGCGCCUUGAGUCUCAACUCCAUUUCCAACGCGUGGAGCUGGGCGAUGGGAAAACCGAACUCAUCAUCAAGCAAAUGUGCGUAAACUGCGGGCGCGAGGCCAUGAACGAGUGCACGGGAUGCCACAAGGUACACUACUGUUCCACCUUCUGCCAGCGUAAGGACUGGAAGGAGCACCAGCACGUGUGCGGCCACCCGCUGGGGGCGGCGCCGGUGGCGACAGGCGCCGACGUCGCCGUCGGGGACACGGAGGGCGACCACCGGGACAAGGUGUGAGGCGCGGCGCCGUCUCCGCCCGCGCUGCUCGUCGCUCGUCCCCUCCAGCGCCGCCGAGACGGCACCGCUCGCCCCUGGCUCACCCACACAGCUCACCCACACAGCUCACCCACACAGCUCACCCACACAGCUCACUCACAGAGCUCACUCACACAGCUCACUCACAUGGCUCACUCACACGGCUCACUCACACGGCUCACUCACACGGCUCACUCACACAGCUCACUCACACGGCUCACUCACACAGCUCACUCACACGGCUCACCCACACGGCUCACUCACACAGCUCACUCACACAUCUCACCCACACGGCUCACUCACACGGCUCACUCACACAGCUCACUCACACGGCUCACUCACACGGCUCACCCACACAGCUCACUCACACGGCUCACCCACACGGCUCACUCACACAGCUCACUCACACAUCUCACCCACACGGCUCACUCACACGGCUCACUCACACAGCUCACCCACAUGGCUCACCCACACGGCUCACUCACACAGCUCACUCACACAGCUCACCCACACGGCUCACUCACACGGCUCACUCACAGAGCUCACUCACACAGCUCACCCACACAUCUCACCCACACGGCUCACUCACACGGCUCACUCACACGGCUCACCUACACGGCUCACUCACAUGGCUCACUCACACGGCUCACCCACACGGCUCACUCACAGAGCUCACUCACACAGCUCACCCACACGGCUCACUCACACGGCUCACUCACACGGCUCACUCACACGGCUCACUCACACGGCUCACCCACACGGCUCACUCACAUGGCUCACUCACACGGCUCACCCACACGGCUCACCCACACGGCU